AUGGGCGCCUCAUCCUCCAAGCCCGCGAGAUCCGCCGCCCAGGCUGUCUCGCGGCGCCAAUACCCAAAACAACCCGUUUCUCCUCCGACCUCCUCCCCAGCACAACCACCACCAGCAUCUAAACCCACAAGACAGCAACAACAACCACAACCACAACCACAACCACCGCGACAACCGUCGAGAGCACCCCCCACAGGACCAACCUACCACUCAAAAGAACCUCCCUCUCUCGAGCGUUCAUCAGCAAUCGACCUCGACGGCCGCGACCCAGACUUCGCCGCACAACUUCGCACCAUCGGCCCCGUGACUCCUAACCCGACCUUCUCCCACACUAGCACGUUUGCGCGCCAACAACCCGCGCCCACCGUCUUCCCGCCUGCAUCUAACCCGGCGUUACUGGUUUUCUCGGCGCGGCAGCGCCUCACCAAGGCCGCGGAGCAGGAGUUCGAGGCGAUGGGGAGAUCGGGGUUCCAGGGCAGGGAGUUUGUUGAUGCGUUUACCAUUCGGCAGGUCUUGUCGAUGAGGGAUAGGCAGGGAUUGUCGGCGGAGGAGAUUGAGAGGCUGUUGAGGUUGAAGAGUGGUGUUGUGGGUAGGUUGGGGGCGAGGGGGGUGGUUGGGGAUAUUGGUUGA